CCGGGGAGACCGCUCGAAUUUUGGGAAUCUUUCCAAUUCCAUCAUAUAGCCAUCAAGUGGUGUACCUUCCCAUCAUGAAGGAAUUAGCGAAGAGAGGACAUGAGUUGGUUGUAAUAACCACCGAUCCAUUAAAAGAGAACAUCAACAAUAUGAAGCAAAUAGACGUUAGUUACUCAUACGAAUUUUGGAACAACAAGCACAACGUCACGAAAAUUAUUAACGAGGAUAACAGGAAUCCACUAGCGAUGAUGGAUAAGUUUUACCAUAUGUUAACCGAUAUUAUCAUUUACCAGUUGGAACAUCCUGAAGUGCAAAGAUUAAUUAACGAUAAAAAUGAACACUUCGAUCUGUUAAUGGUCGAAUACAUGUUACCGACAUUCUUCUCUUUUAAACACCGAUUCAACUGCCCCAUGAUAGGUAUGGCAUCGUUGGAUUCACCAUACCACGGCCACACGGCAGUUGGAAAUCCUGUUCACGCCGUCCUCUAUCCUGAAUUUUCUUUUCCGUUCAAAUCUCAAAAAUUGAGUUUUUUGGAAAGGCUACAAAGUUUUUUGUUUCUGCAAUUCUCGAUGAUUUACGGCGAAUUGAAAGUAUUUCCAGAGGAGGAGCGCACGAAAGUCAAAUAUUUUGGAAACGAUUAUCCUCCACUGUCCGAUAUCAUGGCAUCAGUCGAUAUGCUCUUCAUAAACGUGAAUCACAUCUUCCACACUAUCAGACCGUUGACACCUGCCACCAUCACAAUUGGUCCCUUCACUCACAUAAAACCACCCAAAGCAUUACCAAAAGAUUUAGAAGUAUUUCUAGACGAAGCGAAAGAAGGAGUAAUUUAUUUCAGUUUGGGCUCCAACGUGAAGAGUAAAGAUAUUCCGGAGGAAACGCGCACCAUCAUUCUGAAAACGUUCGCCAAACUACCAUACAAAAUCUUAUGGAAAUUCGAGGCCGAAAAACUUCCCGGAAAACCAGACAACGUUAAAAUAGUGAAGUGGCUUCCGCAGCAGGACGUUCUAAGACACAAAAACAUUAAAUUAUUUAUCAGCCAAUGCGGAUUGCAAUCCUUAGAGGAAAGUUUGUACAAUUAUGUGCCCCUCCUAGGCUUACCUUUCUUCGCCGAUCAAAUGAACAACGGACUCAAAUUAGAAAUAAGUCGGUUAGGAAUAUCCUUGGAUUAUAAGGAAUUGACGAUGGAAAAUUUCUCCUACAGCAUCAACGAAAUGAUCAACAAUCCAAAAUACAAAAACAGAGUUAAAGAGUUGACAAAUUUGGUGAAAGACGAACCAAUGACGGGUUUGGAGAGAGCAGUCUGGUGGACGGAGUACGUCUUGAGGAACAAAGGGGCACAACAUCUGAAGGGCCCAGCCAAAGAUAUUCCCACAUAUCAGUAUUAUUACUUAGAUAUCAUUUCUUUUCUGAUAAAAUGUUUUCAACACAAUAUGGUUCCGUCCGCAUUUCUGAUUAUGUGUUUACUGAUAUUUUGGGCGGAUGCUGCUCGAAUUCUGGCUGUUUUCUCGGUGCCAUCAUACAGCCAUUAUCAAGUGUACAAUCCUAUUAUAAAUGAGCUGGUACGACGAGGACACGAUGUCGUCUCACUCACCACAUACCCGAUGAUGAACCCAGCUAAGAAUCUUCGCCAAAUCGAUUUGAGCUUCGCACAGGAUAUGUGGCACAAAGACUACCAAUUGACAAAAAUCAUCAAAGAAAACAAAUACAAUCCAUUGGCGAUGAACUAUAUGCUUACUUACAUCUUGAAUAGCAUCAUCAACGCAGAGUUGGAGAGCGCACAGGUGCAGGAAUUGAUCAAGAACGAAACGGAAGUUUUCGAUGUGCUUCUGGUGGAAUUCAUGAUGUUCUCUACGAUGGCUUUCAAGCAUCGAUUCAAAGUGCCGACCGUUGGCAUAGCAAGCAUGGAUAGCACUUAUGAUGGUCAUUUGGCAAUAGGAAAUCCAAUAAAUCCAGUUUUAUAUCCAGAGUAUUCGCUACCUCUCAAGGACCAAAAUCUCGAUUUCGUCGAAAGGUUAAUUAGCUUCAUAUACUUAGUCACCAGCGAGAUUUUAAGUCGAUUGUUACUUUAUCCCAUGGAACAAGCCACGAUUAUGAAAUAUUUUGGCGAAAAUUAUCCUUACGUUGUAGACUUGAGGAAUUCCAUAGACUUUUUGCUCAUCAACACCAACCACGUAUUUCAUAGCAUAAGACCUCUAACACCUGCGACCGUUAGCAUCGGCCCGGGUAUUCAUUUGCAACCACUCAAAGAACUACCGAAGGAUUUGAAGGACUUUUUAGAUAGUGCCAAAGAAGGAGCAAUCUACUUCAGUUUGGGAUCCAACGUUAAGAGCGAAGAUAUUCCCGAUGCAACGAAAGAGAUGAUUCUCAAGGUAUUCUCUGAACUUCCUUACAAGAUCUUGUGGAAGUACGAGCAAAAAGAUUCACUUCAACAAAUGGGAAAUCUCAGAAUUGCAAAUUGGGUGCCUCAACAAGACGUGCUCAGACACAAGAAUAUUAAAUUGUUUAUUAGUCAGUGCGGAUUGCAAUCUUUAGAGGAGGCUUUAUUUAGUCACGUGCCUGUCGUUGGAAUUCCGUAUUUUGGGGACCAAGACGCAAACGCCGUGAAACUCAAGCAGAGGGGCCUGGGAGUCGUUCUGGACCACGAAAAAUUGAGUUACGAUAAAUUCAAAGACGCAAUUAUUGAAGUAAUUAGCAACCCAAGUUAUAAGAAACGCGCUGUGGAAUUGGCUUCAUUGAUUAAAGAUGAACCAAUGACAGGGCUGGAGAGGGCCGUAUUCUGGAUCGAAUACGUUAUUAGGAACAGGGGAGCUCAACAUUUGAAAGGUCCUGGUAUCGAAAUGCCUCUGUAUAAAUAUUACUUUCUUGAUAUAUUGGCUUUGUUCGUUUCUUUAUUCGUGUUUUUAAGCUUUAUUUUUUAUCUAAGCUAUAAACUGUUAUCAUCUAUAUAUAGGAACGCAAAAUUCAUACGAAAAUAUAAAAAUAAUUAA